AUGAACUUCUUAAAGAAAUUCAUUGGUACAACUUCUACUGAUGAAGUGGCAUCAAUUCCAUCUGGUAAACUCUACUUAACAAGAUCAAAAACUUCACCAAAGGGAGCAAUUGAAUGUUUAUAUAAUGAUGCUUACGCACUGAUUAAACAAACCACAAAUCCUUUUAUUUAUCAAUUAUGUAUUACAAAAGUUUAUCAAGAAGGAGAAAAUGAAUUUCGUAGUAAUUCAGGAUAUAACUAUUCAGAUGAUGAAGAUGAAGAUUAUGAAGAAACUGAUCAAAAUUCAUCAAUUGCAAGAACAUCAAGUUUUAUUCAAAAGGAUCUGAGACAUAAUACAAAAGAUGAAUGGGUAUUUCCAAUAAAUGAAGAAUUAAAAAUUUUUAAAAAAAUUGAAAAUGGUAAAAGAUCAAUUGCUUGGAAAGAUCUUAAUGGAGAUUUGGGGGAUAAAUUUGAAUUUGUUUUAGAUGAUGAAAUUAGAAAUAAUGAUUUUGAUUCAUUUAUGUUGACAAUUUAUAAAUGUUUAUAUGAAGAAAAAUAUCGUGAAAGUUCAAUUAGUGUAAAUACUUUAGAAGAAUUAAAAGAAUUUAUUUAUAACCCAAAACUGGAAUUAUUAAAUUUUGAAGAUUUGGAGUAUGAUGAAGAUGAAGAAGAAGAAGAUGAUGAACUGGAUACUACCGAAGAGUAUGAUGAAGCAAGAGGAUCCCCAAAAUUAUUUGUUGAAGAAAGUGAAGAUGAAGAAGAACCACCGAAAGGUGAUGUUGUAUUUAGCACCAAGAAAUUUGCAUUACAUUUAUAUGAUUCAACUAGUGGUACAUUUUUAUUAAAAAGUUCAACAAAUGAAUUAAAAAUCAUUGAUUUAGGUACUUGGGAAUUUUGCUUAUUUGUUGUUGGUGAAAAAAUUACAAUCAAUACAACAUUGAGUAAAAAUAUAAAUCCAACUUUUAAUUAUGAACAUUUAUCAUUUAUUUUCAAUCAUUACACUGUCAAAAAUAAUCAAGUUACUGUCAAUUCAUGGUUAUUAAAGUUUGAUAGUUUUAAUGAUUUAACUGAUUUUCAAAACAAAUUCUUAGCAGCAAUGUAUGAAUCAUUAAACAAAAAGAAAUUUGGUGUUGAAAAAGGUGAUGAUGAUUAUUUUGUUGAUGCUUUCUCAAGUAUGGAUAUAGAUGAUGAAAGUCAAGAAGACUUGAAAGAAAUUGAAAAAAGUGAAACUGAAGAAACAGACUCUGAAGAUAAUGAAGAAAUUGAAAAUUCCACCAAAAAAUUCACUGAAGAACUUACAAAUAUUCAAAGAAAAGAUAAAAACACUUAUCUUAGUGUUGGAUAUAAAGAUAGAGCAUAUGUUUCAAGAGGUGACAAAAUUGGUGUAUUUUCUCAAGAUGACAAAGCUUUAGCUUAUCAAACCACUAUCAACAAUGUAACUGAUUUAAAAGGUAACAAAUUUAAUCCAGAAAAAAUGUUAUUGCAUCAAGAAGAUCAGUUUUUGGUUAUGUCAAACCCCGACGUCAAUGACAAAACCCUUUACAAAAUGGAUUUGAAUCGUGGCAAAAUUAUUGAAGAAUGGGAAGUUUCCAAAACAGUUCCUGUGAAAAAUUAUGCACCUUCUUCAAAAUUUGCUCAAUUAACAAACCAACAAACUUUAACUGGUAUAUCAUCAAAUGGUUUAUUCACAAUAGAUCCAAGAUUAUCAGGAUCAAAAUUAGUUAAUGAUCAAACUUUUAAAUGUUAUAAAACCACCAACAAUCAAUUCCAAAGUUUAGCAACUACUGACCAAGGUCAUAUUGCUUUAGGUAGUGGUAAAGGUGAUAUUAGAUUAUUUGAUAGAUUAGGUGUAAAUGCUAAAACAGCUUUACCUUCAUUAGGUGAUGCCAUAUUAGGUAUUGAUGUUUCAAAAGAUGGUAGAUGGAUUUUAGCAACUUGUAAAACUUACAUUCUUUUAAUUGAUACAAAAAUUACAUCAGGUCAAAAAAAUUCAGGUAAAUCUGGGUUUACAGCUUAUUUUGAUAAAGAUAAAAAACCAACACCAAGAAGAUUAACUUUAUUACCAGAACAUGAAGCAUUUAUUAAAAAUAAUAAUCAACAUAAAGAAUUUAAAUUUUCUCCAGCUUAUUUCAAUACAGGUAUUGAUCAAAAAGAAACCACAAUUAUUUCAUCAACAGAUAAUUACAUUAUUAUAUGGUCAUUAUCUAAAAUCCUAAAGAAUGAUGCAUCACCAUAUCAAGUUAAAAAUUAUAAACAAAAUAUUAUUGCUGAUAAUUUUAAAUAUGGUUCAAAUAAUAGAUUGAUUAUGGCAUUACCAGAUGAUGUUAAUAUGGUUAGUAGAAGAAGUUUAAACAAUCCAGAAAAAGAGUUCCAUCAUUAA